AUGCUGCGAGGAUUGCUUCUCCAAUUGCUUCAGAUGGAGCCGUAUGCUUUGACAACUUUGGCUCUGACCUGGGGUGGAAUCAUUAUACUCUGCAUGGGCCUGGCGGCAACCACUGGCCUCAUUCAGAUUGUAUGCAAUAAUGCGGUUGAGAACGAAAAAGUGCGAAGCUUGGGGAUCGGCAUCGUGCAAGGAGCCAAUAACUUCAUUGGCCUAUCCUUCGGUCCACUCCUGCCACAGGUGGUGAUGGAUGCGAUUGCCGCUUGUACAGCUGCAAGUGAGGCUCAAACGCUUUUCUACGGUGCUGUGAGUAUUGUUGCCGCUUCUUUCCUGGUCUUCGGGUGUGUGACAUCUGCCCUUUCAGAAGCUGAGGCUGGUGCUGAGGAGCCCCACAGCCUGUCGAAAGUGAUUGAGGACAAUUCUGAGGAGCCUCUUCUUGGCUUCUGCUGCGGUAUCAGCCCUGCAGUCUAUGAUGACAAGGUCAAUGAGUUAGAUGCUGCCUUCUGCAGCAGCUACCAGAGUCACGAGAGUGAUUGA